AUGUCAUUAGCCAUGUGGUCUUAUCGUCUGAAAAGGACGCCAGUGCUUGCUCUGCUAAUCCCUUUGACUUUCGUUUUUGUCGUAUACUUACUGUUAUUCUCCAAGGAAGAAUCGUUACUAGGCCAGGAUGGUGAAUCAAUCGCUAAGCACAAGUGGGCGCACGAAAAGGAGAAGACAUUUUACUUCCCAUAUGCUCACAAGUUCACAGUUCCUAAAUACUCAUACAAGAAGAAAUCGAACUGGCUUUUCAAUGACAAGGUCGAAGACAUCAUUCCAGCGGGCCGUAUUGCGCAUUACGAUUUGAACAAAUUGGAAUCUACUGCUAACGCUGCUGUUAACAAGGAGCAGGUUCUCAUUUUGACUCCCAUGCAAACUUUUCAUCAAAAGUACUGGGAUAAUUUACUUCAACUGACAUACCCUCGUGAAAACCUUGAGCUCGGGUUUAUCAUUCCGCGCACUACCACUGGUGACAUUGCUCUCCGCAGCCUAGAGGCGGCAGUAAAGAAGGUUCAGACGGGUAAGAAAGAGCAAAGAUUUUCCAAGAUUACCAUCUUGAGACAAGAUUCACAAAGUUUUGACAAGCUACAAGAAAAGGAAAGGCACGAGCUAAAAGUUCAAAAGGAAAGGCGUGCUGCAAUGGCAUUGGCUAGAAAUGAGCUGCUUUUCUCGACCAUAGGCCCAUAUACUUCGUGGGUUCUGUGGUUGGAUGCGGAUAUCAUUGAAACUCCUCCAACGGUUAUUCAGGACAUGACCGCUCAUAAUAAGCCUGUUUUGGCUGCUAACGUGUUCCAACGUUUCUUUGACGAAGAAGCCAAGAAAAAUUCCAUCAGACCAUAUGACUACAAUAACUGGCAAGAAAGUGAUACUGCUCUGCAGAUGGCAGCUCAAAUGAGUGAAGAUGAAAUCAUUGUGGAGGGAUACCCCGAGCUAGCCACUUAUAGGCUUCUAAUGGCCAUGAUUCAUGAUCCUAGUGGAUCUCCAACCAAUGAACUGGCAUUGGAUGGUGUUGGAGGUGGUUGUACGUUGGUCAAGGCUGAAGUACAUAGAGACGGUGCCAUGUUCCCCAAUUUCCCAUUCUAUCACUUGAUUGAAACGGAAGGUUUCGCUAAAAUGGCCAAAAGACUAAAUUACGAAGUGUUCGGUUUGCCAAACUAUUUAGUUUACCACAUUGAGGAAUAG